AUGACUGUUCCGGAGCCACUAGAAUCAAGCGUGCCACCAUCGUCUCCCGAGAUCAAGAAACCUAGCUUGGAGUCUCGUAUCACUGGUGAAAUAUCAGAAUCAGACACAAGAAUCGGCAAGGACUCGCCGUUUGUCUUUGGCCAGAGAUAUCUCACACAAGAAGAGGAUGUGUUCAGUCGUAAUGCCUGGGAUCACGUUGAAUGGGGUGAGAAAGAAAUCAAGCACGCUGAAGAAAUGAUUGCCAAACAAUACAACGACCCAGUUUCCCAAGAGGAUAAGGAACGGUAUAAUGCCACCCCGGAGAAGUUUUGGAACGUUUUUUACACCAACCACAAAGAAAACUUCUUCAAGGACAGAAAUUGGUUGCAAAUCGAGUUCCCAUUAUUGUACGAGGUGAGUUCUAAGGACUAUGGUGAUAAACCAGUGAAGAUUCUAGAAGUUGGGUGCGGUGCCGGUAAUACAAUGUUUCCUGUGUUGAGACAGAACCAAAAUUCCAACUUGAAGAUUAUCGGUGCGGAUUACAGCAGUGUUGCUGUCGAUUUGAUCAAAAAAAGCGAGUCCUUUGACCCAGAACACGCCGAGGCCUAUGUGUGGGACUUGGCUAAUGAAAAUGGUGAUUUGCCAGGUAAUAUGGAACCAAACUCUUUGGAUAUAGUGGUAAUGAUUUUCGUGUUUAGUGCGUUAGCUCCAAAUCAAUGGAAUGCUGCGAUCAAGAAUAUUUCUAAACUUUUGAAGCCGGGCGGAACUUUGUUGUUCAGAGACUAUGGUAGAUAUGAUCUUGCCCAAGUUAGAGUUAAGAAAGGUAGACUUUUAGAAGACAAUUUUUACAUUAGGGGUGAUGGUACUAGAGUAUAUUUCUUCACCGAAGAAGAGCUAAGAGAAAUGUUUAUAAACCAAAUAGGUUUUGAAGAAAAAAGAAUCGCCACUGACAGAAGAUUGUUAGUAAAUAGAAAAAAACAGUUGAAAAUGCACAGAAUUUGGUUGCAGGCUGUGUUCAAUAGACCAUCAGAAAACGAUACUGUCGAAACUAACAAUUCAAGUCUCAGCACUCAAGAGUUGAUGAAGAAAUUGGCUCUAGAUGACAGUGAUGAUGAAGAAGAUGACGGCUGCACCCCGCCAAUAACUUGCGGGUGUGAAUCAUGCGCCACUGGCCAUUCUCAUUAA